AGACUCAGCGGCAAGAUUUCGUUUUAUCCAUUCACAGGGUUUCCAAAGUCCUCGCUUUCUCAACAGAGAAAGAGAAAACAGAAAAAUGGCUGCUUCUCCUUCAUCCUUACUGCUUCCACUUGGAGCCUCUAUUAAGAGAAUUUCCACCAAUCAUCAAGCCGUCUUGAGUGAGAAAGUUUGCAGCAUAAUCCCACGGUGCCCAACUGGUAGUUUUAGAGUUAAAGCUUCAAUGGCAAGAAAAUAUGGGGAUGGAUUGAACUUGGUUAAUCGAAGAGAAGUGAUUGGGUUGGUUUUAGUUGUUCCAAGCAUCUUUGUGAACUCGUCUGAUGCCAAGGCUGCUGGUCUUCCCCCAGAGCAAACACCAAAGCUCUGUGAUGAUACAUGUGAGAAGGAGCUUGAAAAUGUGCCUAUGGUAACUACAGAGUCUGGCUUGCAGUACAAGGACAUCAAAGUUGGAGGAGGCCCCAAUCCACCAGUUGGUUUUCAGGUGGCUGCUAAUUAUGUCGCCAUGAUUCCAUCUGGACAAAUAUUUGACAGGUAAGUAAAUUGAUAGCAUAAAACAUUACCAACUCAAAAAAGCAUGAAUUCAAGCCUGAGACAAGAACAUAGCUAUCUGACUCCAAAGGUCUGUUUCCCACAAUUCUGCAGUUCACUAGAGAAAGGUCAGCUUUAUAUUUUCCGGGUAGGCUCUGGUCAGGUAAGCUAUGGAAGCAUUUUCUGAUAAUUUCCAGUUCAAACAAUUCUAGUCUAGGUGGUCAGAACAAUGCGGCAAAUAUUGUAGCUUAAAUACAUAAACUUUGAUUCAGAUAAACAAUAUUUGCCUUGAUGAAUACAUCAUCUCUGAUCGUUGAUCUAAAUGAGUAGAACAGGUGAUCAAAGGCCUUGAUGAGGGGAUCCUGAGCAUGAAAGUAGGGGGGAAACGCAGACUUUAUGUCCCAGGACCCUUGGCAUUUCCAAAGGGUCUAACUUCAGCUCCUGGGAGGCCGAGAGUGGCUGCAAACAGUCCAGUCAUCUUCGACGUGAGCUUGGAAUACAUACCAGGCCUUGAAACAGAGGAAGAAUAGUUCACUACAUAUCAUUUUUGUAUUAAUUCUAGUAUCUGACAGUGCUCCAAACCUGUAACCCAUCAAUUCAUUUCUACCA